AAGAGUUAAGAAAAGCUAUUGAAUUCUUGGAUAGAGUUUACUUAAGAGCUACAAGGAGGAUUCCAAUUUGUAGGGGUUAUUGUAUGGGGAUAUACUGAAAUCUUUUGCCAUGUUUUUGCAGUAGAAGAGAAAGGUUCUUGGGAAAUAAAAGUUUUUAAGACUGUUAGAGAUUUGGAAUUAUAAAUUUAGAUGACUUCACUAAUACAGCAGGCAGCAAGACUAGAGGAUACAAGUUUAAGAUGCCAAAAACUGAGGCAUGGCUUUAGUUAAGAGAUGAAACAUUGCUUUUCAAAUAAGAUGGUUGACUUGUGGAAUUGUUUGCUUUCAGGUGUGAUAGAAGUUGGAAGAUUGAACAGGAUUUAUAUGGGUCGUGGAAUUUCUGGAAAGUCAAGGGAAAAUAACAAUUUUUCCAGACCUUGAAAAUAUGGGAAUUUUCAUGAAUUUUAGUUGUGGUCAAGGAAUUUUAGAGAAAAUUAUAUAGGGGGGAAAUCUUACUAUAGAGAUUACAUGGAAUAUAGUUGUAGUAGACUUCCGAUAUGCUCCAUGGCUAAUACCUUUGGUCAUGAAGCUGUUUUUUGCUCUGCCAUCACAGUGAGGAUGAAUUAACAAGCUUUUAUUGGUUUUACACUGUGAUGCUACCAUGUUUACCUAUUAACAAUGUCUUCUAUUGGUUAAUAUGUAAUAUUAGUAUCUAGGUGAGAAAAAGGUCUGUCUUAUUUGUUAUUCAUUGCCUUUGACAAUUGACAAAGAGAAGAUAUUUUUUAUAUUAAUUUGAUUUAUACACAUAACUUGUGCCUGCAAAGUGCUGGUUCAUUGAACUUUUCUGAGUGAUGAAAGGUGCAAAUCGACAGGAGUGUGUAUGUGUGGCAUUGUCAAUACAGAUGAGAAAAAUAAAUCUCCAGCAUUUUUAGAUGGUGAGUAUUAUGGAUUGUGGUCAUAAUUUUGCUGACAUCCAAAAAGUAAUUUCAUUUACCUGCAUUGAUGUUCAUUAAUUUGUUUAAUUCAUCUGUUAACUAGUAUGCAUUAACUUGCUGCAUAAUAUUUGUAGUUCUGUUCUAGUUUUUCUCGUGUUUUCUGCUUUAGCUGAUAUAGUGCCUGGAUAGGCCAAAUCCUGUCUCAGUCUUAUUGAAGUCAAAUCCUGUUGUCUCACAGUCUUAUUGAAGUCAUAUCCUGUCUCACAGUCUUAUUGAGGUCAGAUCCUGUCUCACAGUCUUAUUGAAGUCAAAUCCUGUCUCACAGUCUUAUUGAAGUCAAAUCCUGUCUCACAGUCUUAUUGAAGUCAAAUCCUGUCUCAGUCUUAUUGAAGUCGUAUGAAAUGUCUCUUAAUGGGUAAAAUGGUCACAAAAGUUUUAAUACAUUGUUCCAACUGUUUAAUAAAACCAGGGAAAGUCAGUGAACUUCAUAUCUUGCUUUCCAGCGUAGGAAACAUCGAGGAAUUUCAUAUUACUGGCAAAAACCAUGAAAAAUCAAUGAAUUUCAUGUGCUUCAGUGAUACUUGUUGGACACAGAUAAUGAAAAAAUAAAUUAUCAGUAUGCAUAUUUUAUACAUAAUCAUUAUGUUUACCUACUUCAGUCUUUUUGCAUACUGUUAAUCAUCACGAAGUAUGAAAGCAGCCAUAAUAGAUUAAGUAAAACGUAGCUAAGUUCCCACUUAAAUGAAGUGUAAGGGCUCUAGAAAAGGUUUUGUUUCAUCUUCCUAAAACUAGGUCAUGUGAGAUCAUUUUAUCACAGUGUAAAAGCCCUUAAAUUACUCUUUAGAGAUAGGCUGUUUCAUUAAACAAGUUAGUUUGAUCUUAGAAAUUUUAGUGCAUUAAUUAAAUAGUCCCCAUGUGAGUUGUCAUAAAAGGAACAAUAAUACACUGGGUGUAUUACAUUAUUGAUAUAUUGUAUAUGAAAAAUUUCAAAGGUGUCCAAUGAAAAAAAAAACUGUUUUAAUGUUUCAGUAAACCCUGAAAGUUCAGAGAUAGAACAAACCUAUCCAGUUUGCUUGUUUCCAUCUAUAUCUUGGACUAUGUUAUAUGUGUGAGUGCAAAUAAACAAUUGGAGUCAGCUCUUUCAGCUAUUGCUAGAAGAGUUAAAAGAAUGAAUGGUUUUAGUACUGAAGAAGAUACACCAGUUGGUCAUAAUCAAAUAUGUUGCCUCCUGGAAGAAGGAAACCGCUGUUCUCGAGUUGCUGGAAAUGCCAGUUACAGUAAACGUAUUCAGAAAACAGUGGCACAGCGAAAGCUGAAACUCAACAUUGAUCACAAUGCCCGUCAUAUUUACAUAUGUGAUCACCAUAAAAGUGUCAUUCAGAGUGUUAGAGCUAAAAGAAAACGAAAAGAUAGUGAUGAUGAUAAUGCAUCAAAUGAGCAAGAUAUUGAUGCUCCAGAGGUUGAUUUGUAUCAGCUUCAGGUUAAUACAUUGCGGAGAUACAAACGACAUUAUAAGAUCCAAACUCGACCAGGGCUAAAUAAAGCCCAGCUUGCUGAUACAUUAAGUCGACAUUUCAAGACCAUACAGGUUGUGGAGAAGGAAGCAAUAACCUUUUUUAUUUAUAUGGUUAAAAACAAUAAGAACAAACUAGAUCAAAAAAAUGGAGCAGAUUCUGGUGGUAGCUAAAAACUAAGUGACUUACUUUUGUUAACGUUCAGCUGUGCAUGUACUAACUGUACAUAGUGAAGAAUGUGCUGAAUGUAUCAUACACUGAUCAGCAUAGUAUUCCCCUUACAAGCUGAAUAUAUAUAUAUAUAUAUCAUCAAGAAUAAUUAGCUCCUUAUUUAUAAUUUUCCAUAAGAAUUUACUUCCCAUUGAUGUACAGUAAACUUGUUGAUCUUUGUUACUAUGAUAUAAGAUGUACAUUUCUAAAGAAUCAGUGCUUUGUAAUUUAGGGUAAUCUUUACUUUGCAAGGACCUUUUUUAUCACAUGAAUUUUCUACUUUAUCAAAGAACAAGUUGCACUACCAGAGAUUUAUGUAUCAUAAUAAAGUGAAGUUCGAAAAUCUUUUUAACUGAAAAUGUCUAAGCUCACAUUAGGUAAUAGAACCUUGUACCAUCACCACGUAAAACUGUUCAUAUUACAGUUCUCUACUGGUCAUCAUGAGGGUCUGUUACCUAACAAACUUGUAUGUUUCAAACAGUAAUAUGUCCAAUUGAUAGGUGAAGAAAGACUGGAUGCUGUGUUUGGAUGGAAAUCUAAACAACAUCAAAAGCUCUUUUGAAAGGGAAGAGUAUAAAACUGUUUAUACUUAUAACUACAACAAGACAUCUGAUAAAAAAAAUAUUGCUAUGAUUUUUAUUUUGUCUCUUUGCUACAUGUGAAUUUUUAGUAAAGUGGAGGAGAAUUGGUGGUUUUUCUUGGUAUUUUUUAUACAUUUUUAUGAACCUGAUGCAAUUAAAACCUAAAGUACAUUAAACUGUACAUUUAUUUCAUUUUUUAAAUGCUGAUAAAACCAACUUGAAUCAUUAAACAAAUGUCAGUUUAAGAUGAAUGACAGUUGAUAUGCAAAAAAACAAAAAUCUAUAAUACAGUCAGAUGAAAUAGCGGGAAAAUGUUUUACUGUUGCUGUUAGAUUUCAUACAUUAUUGUCAAAGUAAAUAAAAUCUUGUGCUGUUUACGUUCAACAGUCAGAACCUAAUGUUAUUUUUACUAAGAAUUUAGAAGUAUUGUGUAGAAGCUCUUUCCAUAAACAAGUUAUUCCUAAGCAUUUCUUAGUAUUGCUAAUAAAACAACUGAUCUACUUGUACAGAUUUUUUGGAAUUGUUAUGUUUUUAAAAUGAAAUUCACUCAGUUUUUCAUUUUAAUGAAAUACAUUUUUUGUUUAUAGGAAAACUUCAAUUAAAUUAUUCACUCUUAAAUCACUAAUACCAGUAAAAUAUUCACUCUUAAGCCACUAAUACAGGUAAAAAUUCACUCUUAGGUUACUAAAGUAAGUAAAAAUUCACUCUUAGGUCAGUAAAGUAAGUAAAAAUUCACUGAUCGGGUAAACAUUCACUCCUAGGUCACUAAUGUAAGUAACAGUUUACUCCUAAGUUACUAAUACAGGUAAAAUAUUUACUCCUAGGCCACUAAAGUAAGUAAAAGCGUACUCCUGAGUCAUUAAUGAUAGCAAAACGUCCAGAACAAGCUUAUGAUACAAGUAAAAGCAUGGUUUCCUAGAAUAUGGCAUUAAUAUCAUAGAAAUUAAUUUUCUUUCAUCUGUGUUUCAUACAGUGUAGGCCAUUUUUUAUCUAUUAAAAGCUUUAAUAAAUGACAUAAGUAAAGGCAUAAUAACGUAGUGUGAUGUUUAUAGGCAAGAAACAGAAUAUGUAUGUCAUUAAUGUUGAAGAUAUUGAACUAGUAUAAGGAAAUGUGCCAUGUCUUCACUGUAUUAAAAAAUACUGUUCUCAACUAGAGACUGAAAAAAUUAAACAAAACAUACAAUUUUUCUUUGAUUUUAUUUUACACUGCAUGGUAUUACCAUCUUUUGAAUAAUGACUUAUUCGUCACUGAAAACUAACAAGUUAGUCAUCACAAAUGCAAUUUUUUUAUCACAUUAUAUAGACACAAAAUAGUUGAAAAGACUUAAUAACCCAAGCAUGUUUCAAGCUUACCUUACUGACGUAUUCAGGUUAGUGGGUCUUGUAUCUUGUUAUUUUAGUAUCCUUAAUGCCAAAACUAGUUUUUUUUUUAGUAUUGAUAUAUUUAAAACUUAUUAGUAAUUUGUUUCGUUAUUAGGAGUUUCCAUUUAGGUAUGUUAUUAGUACGUGUAAAUUAAAUCAUUAAAGAACUGUGGUUAAUGAAGUUUGUAAUGAAAAUGUUAACUCUGAAUGAUUUUUUACAUAUGACAACUUUCUAACUGCUGAUAGUGAAGUGGUAAGGAACGAAAAUUUUGUAAUAUUGUACCUGUUGACAACCAACAGUGCCUUAACCAAUAGCAUGGCUUUUGAUGUGUUUAUCAACCAAAUGUCAAAAACAGUUGAGCAAAGAUACUGGUUACUGUAGAUAUAGUAAAUAAUUAUAUGUAGUUAAUCUGUCACAAACAUGUUUCUUCAGUCUUACUACUUGUGAAUAAAAAUAUAGUAGCUUAA